AUGUGUAAACAUAUUUUGAACGCACAAGUCUCUAUUCGAGCAACCUGUUGUAAAAGAUGGUUUGAUUGUUCAGAGUGCCACUUAGAAGUAUCGGAUCAUGUUUUAUUAAAAUCAGAUGAAAUCACUUUUAUAUGUAAGAAGUGUAAAAAAGCAUUUAGGAAGAAUAUUAGGAGUUUUGAAGAUGAAUCAGAUGAAUAUUGUCCUCAUUGUGAUAAUCAUUUUUUAAUUGAAGCAAUUACACCAAAACCGGCAUUAACUAUAGAAACAGAAGAUGUUCGUAGGGAUAAUAGAGUAAUUAAAGAUUAUCGUGAACGUCAAUAUGGAAAUAGAUCUAUUUUUCCAAGUAGAAAUAUAAAUUAA